UUAGCCAUUUUUUGGGGGGAUUAUUGUGUUUUGUAGCUGUGUGAUAGCAGAGGAUGGAAGUCGUUCAGCCUGAAGAGGAGAUGGCUCUGGGGAGCCCUUGGAACCCUUUCCAGGGCCUGGAGGGGCCCCAAAAAUCUGGAGAGGGACUCCUGGAGUGCCAGGACAGGGGGAAUGGCUUCCCAGUGCCAGAGGGCAGGGAUAGAUGGGAUAUUGGAAAGGAAUUCUUCCUUGUGAGGAAGGUGAGGCCCUGGCACAGGCUGCCCAGGGAAGCUGCCCCUGGAUCCCUGGAAAUGUCCAAGGAUGGAGGAGGAGUUGCAAAGAGAAGACCCUCCCAAAUGUCUGCAGCAGCCAGGUGCUGAGCUUGUCCUCUGCACACAUGCUGGCUGUCCUGAAAUGCUGAUGGGUGCUUGUAGGGAGUGCUGGCACAUCCAGAGGGACAGCAGCAAUCCCCUGCACUAGAGCAGGUGGGGUCAAAAUCAUGGAUGGUGAUUGAUCUGGAGCUGCAGUGGCUCCAGGGGAGAGCCUGGGAGCUGGGCAGGAAUGCUGUCCUUCCCAAGCCAAGGCUGAGGAGUCUGUGAGCAGUCAGGCAUGGCUCUGCAAGGACAGCAGGCAGCUCCCGGGGGUGACUGAGCAGGAGCAUCACAGCCUGGAAGCUGUGGAGGGAGAAGGGCAGCUCAGGUAAUGACUUCUGUCUGCUGCCAUAUUUCAAGUGCUCUGACAGACAGAGCAGUUCUCAGGAGGAAUAAAUAACCUGGUGUCUCUGCUCUUUGCUGGCUGCCACUUCCUUGGAGCUAAAUGAGCUUUUAUGUGAGCAUGAGCUCCAAAGCUGGAGUGGGAAAGGCCGCUGGGUCAGGGGUGUCAGGGUUGGGCUUGUUGGGCUGCUGGAGGGGCUCUGUGAAUGUGGGGGUUGUUUUUCUGUGCUUCAAAUAUGUGAGCUGUGCAAGUGGACUGUUGCUUGGAAACGUCUGGUUUUGCUGCAGAAUAGUGGUUGUUUUAUAAAAGGAGGUGGGAUUUUUUUUUUUUUUUUUUUUUUUUUUUUUUGGUGAGCGAGCUACAUGCAAAAUGCAAACUUCUGCUUGUCUGAUGGUGGUUUGGGCCAUCUCUGCUACAAGAGGGAUGCCCCAAGACAUGACUGGAUUCUUAGAAGUGUUAGAAGUGUUCAAGGCCAGGUUGGAAGGGGCUUGGAGCAACCUGGUCUAGUAGAACAUGUCCCUGCCUAUGGCAGGGAUUUGUAAAGAGAUGAUCUCUAAGGUCCCUUCCAGCCCAAACCAUUCUGGGAUCUGUGGUGGCUGUUGAAGGGCUGUUUCCAGUUGCUGGGAAGCAAAGGAGACUCGUGCCAACUCCCCAGAGCCUUGCUGGAUUGGGCUGCAGAGGUGUUGUGAAACAAGGGGGUCCCUGGAGCUGCAAGGAAGAGUGAGGCUGCUCUGCUGGGGAGAGGGAUAGUCAGGGUGGGAGAUUCCACGGACAGCUCUGAAACAGCAGUUUGGGUCUGCUGGUAACUCACACCAAGGGGGACACAGCAGGUGGAUGUGGGGUGACAGACCCCCAGGUUAAUCCUGGAUGCUGGUGUGCCUUGGAGCAGCCUCUGGGGCUGCAGCUGCAGAAAAGGACCGGAAAGCCCAUGAGGAGGAGAACAGUGAGUCCUCAUUAGGUGGUAGAAGCUUACAGAGAGCAAGGAGCUCAAGAGGUCUUUCUGGAGGGAAUAAGACCAUCCCCAGGUCCAGAGAAUGAGCCCAAUGCCAACAACUUUUUUGGGCAGUGCUCUCCGGGGCACUUUCUUCUUCGCCUUUGGCCUGUGGUGGUCGGUGAGGUACCCCCUGAAGUACCUGAGGAGGAAAGGGGGCGCUGAGGGCCAGCCGGGCCGUGGGCACGCGGAGCUCUUCGAAGGCGCAGUCAAAGCUUUCUUUGCUCUAGUAGGGAUACUGGUGGAGCAGUUUGUCCCCACCGGUCCCCACCUGCAGCUGUACAGCCCCAAGACGCACAGCUGGACUGACCUCACCCACUGGCACUACUCCACCAUCUACCUCUUCUUCCUCCUCUCCGGCAUCACAGACGUGGUCUCACACUCCCCACUCAAGCUGCCCCCCGGCUUAGACCGGCUCUCGCUGUCCCUGGCUCUGCUUGUGGAAGGUUUGCUCUUCUGUUUCCGUGACUACAGCGAUGCUGUGCUGGACCAGCACCUCCACUCCCUGCUGGCCAUGGCCAUCUUUGCUGGAGCCCUCUGUGCCCUCCUAGAGGUGUUCCACCGAGACCAUAUCAUCCUGGAGACAUUCAGGACUAGCUCCUUCCUGCUCCAGGGCUCUUGGCUUUGGCAGAUUGGGUUUGUGUUGUCCCCUCCGUGGGGAGGACCAGGCUGGGACCAGAGCGACUCCAGCAACCUCUUGUUCCUCACCAUGUGCUUCUGCUGGCACUACCUGGGUGCCCUCGCCGUGGUGGCCGCCAACGCUGCUGCAUCCCGCUGCUGCAAUGAGUCCUGCCAGCUGAAAUUUGGGGACAUUGACGUGGAGUUGGACUGUGGCUUGUGCCUCCACAGAGGGAAGAAGAGCUCCGGUGGCGCCUUGCUGCCAGAGAGCAUCUUGGAUGACAAAUGAGGCUGUGGUGGGCAUGGAAAUCUCUUCCCUGAUGGUUUAGAGCUCUUGAGAUGAAAUUUUUAAUUAGUCUUGAUAAAUUACAGCAGCACUUUACAGUGGAGCAUCAGAAGUAGGAGGCAGGACCCUGAGGCAGAGCAUGACAGGAGAUGCCAAAUCUUUCCUUGUGCAUCCCUUUGGUAGACACGAGUUCUUAAUUCUCUGAGCUGCAGCUCAGGCUGCAGACUGCGGGACUAGUUUGCUGUUGGAGUCCAACUGGAGUGGCAAACCAGACUAUUUUUUCUAACAUUUCCCUUCUGCUUCCUCAGAAGGGAGCCAAGCCAGCAUUCAAAGCUCCUGGUGGCUGUCGUUCUCUCUGGGGUUAAUGGAGAGGGUUUUGUACUAAGUUGAAUGUACAGACUAUCUGUGAUCACCAAUAAAGUGCUUUAACACUUC